GAUUAAUCGUCAUAAUAAUAAUAGUAAUAGUAAUAAUUGUUUUGUUGUUACCACUAUUGGCACUUAUAUUCACGUCUUGUUAUUGUCGGCAGUCGGCGGUGCGCACGUACUGACGAGAUGCGUCUGUCGCAGCGCUAUAAUUACGUGUCGACGUCGGUCCGUGGAUUAAACGAUUCGUCAGCGGGGGCCGCUCUACGAUUACACCGAUACGACGCGAUCGAGACAAUGUCGUCGGACCGCCGAAAUGCCUAAGAACGUUUUCGUCACGCGCAGUUUGUCUGAAAAUCAGUCGUCGUUUCGUUAAAAUUUCCGAGCAAGUCGCGACAGAGCGUAUACCGUGGACCACCGAUUCGUUUUAGGUAGGCAGCUGCCCGCCGCCGUCCGGUAUUACACUGCUAUAAUUAUAUGAUAAUAUAAUAUAGUGAUCGUCAUAUUAUUUUCCAUCGUAUCUACCGAACACCCGACGGUUUUAAUCCCGCCUUUUCGUUCAAGUCCUUGGCCGUUGAGUGGUAGUGGCUUUUAUUUUCAUUUUUAAUACGCCAUAUCUGUCGAUCGACAAUAAAUUUCACUCAAAAUGAUUUCAAAGGAAACAAUAUUCAUGUACACGGCUUCUGCAAUAGUUGUUCUGUUUACAGCCGUGUAUUUAUAUUAUAGAAAUAUAUACAGCUACUGGAAGAAAAUGGGAGUGUAUCAUUUGGAACCAACGUUUUUUUUUGGAAAUGCUAAGGAUCGUGUUCUUUUCAAAAAAUCAUUUCACGAGUUUCACAGAGACUUGUACUUCAAGUUCAAAGGACAUAGAUAUGCUGGAUAUUAUCUCGGACGCCGAGCAUCAUUAAUUAUCCUUGACCCAGACAUUAUCAAAUGUAUUAUGAUUAAAGAUUUUAAUCAUUUUACGGACCGCCAAACAAUGAAAUUUCGAACAUCAGAAUAUAUUACUGAAAUGUUGAUUAAUCUUAAAGGUUCCAAAUGGAAACGAAUGAGAGGUCAAUUAACACCAGCAUUUACUUCAGGCAAACUUAGAACUAUGGAGCAUCUCGUGGAUAUUUGUUGUAAUAAUAUGAGCGAUUUUUUAAAUGAAAAUAUCAAAAGUGAACAAGGUUAUGAUUUGGAAAUGAAAGAUUUUUUUGGCAAAUUCACCUUGGAUGUUAUUGCAACUUGUGCGUUUGGAGUGGAAUCAAAUUCAUUGAAAGAUGAGAACGGUGGUUUUGCCAGUCGUGUAUCUAAAUUUGCUAGCUUAAGUAUUAUGAAACGUCUAUCCCUCUACAUAGUACUACUCUUUAUGCCUGGUAUUGCACGAUUUGUACCAUUAUCUUUUUUUAAUAUGGAAGUGAUACAUUUCUUAGCUAAUGUGAUCAAAGAAGCAAAAAAAUGCAGACAAUCCACUGGACAAAAGCGAAACGAUUUCUUGCAGUUAUUACUGGAUAGUGAAACUGAUUUAGAUAAAAAUGAUAAAAACAAAUCAAAAGACGAUGUAUUGACGGAAGCUCAAGUGGUUGCUCAAUCUAUAUUGUUUUUGAUUGCUGGAUUUGAGACUUCAAGUACAUUGUUAACUUUCACAUGUUAUGAGUUGGCAAUAAAUCAAACGAUACAGGUUAAAUUAAGAGAAGAAAUAUGUUCAGUCUUAGAACGAUACAAUGGCAAAUGCUCUUAUGAAGCCAUGCAAGAAAUGCCUUUGUUAGACAUGGUAUUAAUGGAAACCUUAAGAAUGCAUCCACCUGUAGCACAAUUAGAACGUGUCAGUACUCAAGACUAUGUGGUGCCCGAUUCCAACUUAUUACUGAAAAAAGGCAUGACUGUUCAAAUACCUGUCAUUGGGUUACACUAUGAUCCAGAAUAUUAUCCAGAUCCUUAUAAAUUUGACCCAAAUCGAUUUUCUCCAGAAGAGAAAGCUAAACGUUCACAUUAUGUAUUUUUACCGUUUGGAACUGGACCAAGAAAUUGCAUUGGUCUACGGUUUGCUUUAAUGAGUACGAAAAGAGGAAUGGUACAUCUCUUAAAAGACUUUUCAAUUGAUCUGAGUAACCAAAUGACUGUGCCUUAUGAAUACAGCAAACAUUCAAUGCUGCUUAAGGCAAAGGAUGGUAUAAGGCUGUCAUUCAAUAAAUUAUUCCAUCUCUUCAGAAAUAUGCACAAGAAAGAAUACAUUUUGAGCGUUCAGGUGAAUAUCUUAUUCGAAGAAUACCCAAUAUUUCUGAGCAACAACCUUCAUGAAUUGCUGAUGAUCGGUGAUUGAGCUGUGAUUACAGAUCUACCAAACUGUACUAAAAGACUUUGUAAAUAUUUUAUUAAACGAAUAUUUAUUACAA